AUGAAUUUCGGGAAUACACAGCUAGCUUUACAGUAUAACGAUUCAAGACGAUCACCCAAACGUGAGUAUGGACACAACUAUGGAAAACCUCCUUUUUCAGCAGGGCCAAACAACAUGAACUUUCGGCUGGUCCCGGAAGGGCCUAAAAGUGACAUGAUUAAUCCAAAUGACGGUUCAUCACUUCGGAUCAAGAAUGCACAUCUAAACGCUUCACCAGAGAUGCACCAGCUCAUUAGUGAAAAAUUCGGCCAUGAAUAUGGUGAGCAACUAGGGGAAAAAGAGUUAGAACAGUACCACGAACAAACCAGUAAGAUAUUAGAUCUUUUCAAGAAGGCUCAAAUACUUGCGAGAAAUUCUAAGAUUUCUCGUAUAAAGGCGUGUAGCCAGCGGCUAAAAGUAGAACAGCAACUAAGGAAGCAAGAAAGAAAAUCUCUGGAGAAACUGGAACUCAGGAAAAGGGGAAGACUUGAUUUAUGUCGGAUGAUGCCAUCGUAUCCUUGUGCCUUUGAUGAGGCGGAGCUGGCAGUAGAUGAUUUUAAUCCAAGACGAAUAUAUACGGGAGAUAAGAAACCUCCUUCAAGAUUUUAUGGAAACAGUCCAGUAAAUUCUCCAUCAUAUUAUGGCCAAUCAAGAACAGCAUCUCCAUAUGAGGGAGAUUCAGAUGCCUGA